AUGUCCGGCUCCCGCGUUAUCGUCCUACCCACCUGCUCCAUCUGCCGAGACGACAAUGCCGGUCUGGACAUGAGUGUCACUACAUGUGGACAUGCCUUCCACACCGGUUGUAUACGUGCCUGGGAUGAUCGCCAAGUAUCUAUCGGCGCAGAAACGAAGUGUCCGAGCUGUAACAACAUCAUCAGAUCUCGUGGCUGGGGGACUAACUUCCAAGCAUUUUGCAAGCUCCAUUCACUUUCUGAACGAGAGAUCACCGAUCAGCCCGUCCUCGAUCGAACAGACGAAAUGCGGCUUCACUUGCAGAAAAGGCUUGACGCUGUGGGAGGACACCUCAAGGCCGAGAUGGCAGAUUGCUGGACCAAAGCCUGUACGGAGCUCCAUGAAGAACUCGAACUCGAACUCCAUCGCUGGGAACGUGACACGGGUUCCCAUAGUCGGUUCAUGGAGAAUAAGAAAUUGUCAGACGAAGUUGCCGAGCUACGUAACAAUCUUCAGGAGAUACGCCAAGACCAUCGACUGACUAAAGACGAGGCGGACAGGCUGUACAAGUAA